CACAAUCUGGUAUUUCUCCAACAACGCCAGGAAGUAGUUUACCUUCACCCACCACCAACGCGAGUAUUGAUCCACCCGUGAGCUCAACAGAAGCAAUUCCUCCAUCCUUGAUCAAAGUUCCAGCCUUGCCCGUGCCCAUUCAGAGCUUCUCUAUUGGCACUGAAGAAACCCCAGCAAGCAAUCAGAUAUCUAAAGGUGUUUGUUUGGUAGGAAACUGAGAACGAAAGUAACAAAAGUAGAAUUUGGAUGGAGUGCGUGGUUCAGGGAAUUGUAGAGACACAGCAUGUUGAGGCUCUUGAGAUUCUUCUUCAGGGUCUUUGUGGCGUUCAAAGAGAACGGCUGAGAAUCCACGAGAUAUGCCUUAAAAAUGGCCCUAACCUUGGGAUUGUAUCUUCUGAGGUUCGACUUCUAUGUGACCUUGAACAGGCCGAACCAACAUGGACUGUUAGGCAUGUAGGGGGUUCAAUGAGGGGUGCAGGUGCUGAUCAGAUUUCAAUUCUAGUCAGGACCGUGGUGGAAAGCAAAGCAAGCAAGAAUGUGCUUCGCUUAUUUUAUGCACUUGGCUACAAGUUGGAUCAUGAGCUACUGAAAGUGGGAUUUGCCUUCCAUUUCCAAAGAGGUGCUAAAAUUGCAGUCACUGUUUCAUCAGUUAAUAAAAUGCUAAAGCUACAUGCUACUGAUGAGGCUGUUCCUGUAACUCCUGGAAUACAAUUGGUUGAAGUGACAGCCCCAGCAACCUCUGAAAACUAUGCUGAAGUUGUUGCUGCAAUGUCCUCUUUUUGCGAAUAUCUAGCACCGCUCCUGCAUUUGUCAAAACCGGGUAUUUCAACCGGGGUUGUUCCAACUGCGGCCGCUGCUGCUGCAUCUCUUAUGUCAGAUGGUGGGGGUACAACUUUAUAGCAGAAAUUUUAAAAUCAUUCGGAAUCUUGUUCUUUUUUUUCUUUUUUUUUUUGAGGUGGGCUAGUUAGUGUAUGUAACUUUUAUCUUCGCCAAGAUUCUCGUGGAUGAAGAGGAAACAUCGUUAUAAUAUAUAGUAGUUGAACUAUGAAGUGAAUUGUUGAAAGAAAUUGUUAGCAAUACAGAACCUUCAUUUGA